CGCCGCAAAGUAGAAAGCAGCAGUCCAUGUCCAGCUCUAUGUCUUUGUCUUUGAGCCAAAUUGCGACACCGAGACAGACCCUGUCCUUCUCCGCUGCCAGUACCCCGAUGGACAGCAGCAGAACAACUCAUGAAAGUGUCAGAGCAUCAGACGUCUCACAGCUCGCAUCGGCUCAUGAGCAGUCUCACCUGAGGCAACGCAGAGUAACCACAACCACCACUACAACUACUGUGGAUGGACAGUGGGGGCAGCGCUCCAGCCACAGCUCAUCAAACAUCAAUGGAGACGCCAGCAUUUCGAAGUCCGGCGCCUCGCUGCCUAAUGGUUACAUCUGCAAAGAUUGCUCGUUUCACACUCAGAAAAAGACCUCCCAUGUCACACAGUCAUCAUCGUCAUCAUUAUCAGCAUCAUUAUCAUCCUGCCAAGCAGCAGAAUCUUCCACUGAUGCCCUCUCUUCUGUAUCUUCACCUUACACAAGUAUUUAUACCAGAGACAGGAGUCAAAGGAACAAGACGGGUGUCCUGAUGUCAGUAUCUAACUCAUGCAUGCGCUACAGCAAAAAAGCCCUGGCCCCCAUUGUGUCCUUAGUCUCAGUUCUCUACAGCAGUUUGGUCUGGCUGGGUACAAGGACAAGGUUUUCAGGAGGAAAAGGGAUGUCAACGGACGUGUCAACAGGUGUCCAAGCCUCGUUCUCGGACUCCUUGAGACAAGCGUGGUCCUCGAGUUUGUCCAAACUUUGGCUGUUUAAGCAGACUGUUCUCCACAGGAUGAUGGGCUCCAAGGUUUAUAGCUUUGAAGAACAAGGUCACUCAAGCUUCUGUGGAAGCAUGAACGUGAAGGACCUGGUGACCGAAGAUGCAUCACAUCUUAAUCUCAAUGGUUCCCUGUGUGACGACUGUAAAGGCAAGCAGUACUCUGAGUCUCGCACUGUCGUCCUUACACAGACCUCUAGGUCAUGGCGCUUGGUGGGGGUGCUGUGGAGCAUCCUAGCUUAUGCAGGUUCCUGCCUGCUGCAGCCCAGUCACUGUGUGCUUGGAGCUGGUAAAGCUAUAGGUUCAGGAGUUACCACAGCAGCACAGAGGCUUCUAUCAUUCUUCUGGAUGAUCCUAGCAGCCCCAGUAAAAGCAGGAAAGGGACUGCUGUGGUUUCUUGCAAGAGGAUGGUACCAACUGGUGUCCAUCAUGUCUCUCCUCAAUGUCUUCUUUCUGACUCGAUGCGUUCCCAAACUCUGGAAGCUCCUGUUGCUGCUUUUGCCUCUUUUACUACUUCUGCUUUUAUGGUGGUGGUUUCCAUCCACUGCUGCCCUGCUUGCCUACCUACCAGCCAUAAACCUCACCGAGUGGCGUUCUACAUCUAGAUUCGCCUUCUUCUCUGACUUGGCUGCCGUUCCCGCUGCUGUCCCUGCAACAGAGACUCCCAUGGAGCAGGCUCAUGUCUCUCCUGUCUCCCAAGCAACACCAAUCCUUCCUCCACUGACUGUCCACAGUGGUGUGGACCUGGAGCGUCUCGAACGUGUCGAGCAACAGUUGGCGUUGUUGUGGGAGAAAGUCCAGCAGAGAGACCAGAAGCAGGAUCAGCGUCACAGUGAUAUUCUGGGUCUCUACGGUUCCCUCAGAGAGCAGCUCCAAAGUCAGAACGAGAGGGAGAGCUUUCAAGUGUGGGUGUCCUCUCUGAUGGAGCAGCGACUGGGUGUGCUGCGAGGAGAGCUGGAACAGGAGAGCACAAACAGAGCGCAAAGUUCAGAGCAGCAGAAACAACAACAGGAAAGUCAGGCAACACGCCUGUCUGAUUUGGAGCUUCUGCUCAAGGCUUUGGCAACAAAGACUGAGGAGAUGCAGCAGAAGCAACAGCAGUAUGAGGACGAGACGAAGGAACAAGAGAAAGAGGCUGCAGUCACAGCUCCUAGCAGUGUGGGUGUGAAGCAGGAGGACCAUGAUGCUCUGCUGCUGGAGGUGCAGAGACUUGAAGCAGAGCUGAGUAAAAUCAGGGUAGACCUGCAGGGUGUUGCAGGAUGUAAGGGCAAAUGUGAGCAGCUGGAUUCACUGCAGGAGACUAUAUCGAAUCAAGUGUCCUCGCAGUUGCGGAAAGAGCUGCAGGCUCUGUUUUUCGGCAGUGGUGCAUCAGCAGAGCAGGGGGAGAUCCCCCAGUCUCUGAUCCACUGGCUGUCACAGCGCUAUGUGAGCACCCCUGACCUGCAGGCGGCGCUGGCCUCCAUCGAGCUGAGCAUCCUGAAGAACAUAUCGCUGCAGCUGGAGCACAGUCAAGCCCAGACUCUGGACGAGGCCGAGUCCAGAACCAGAAGCAUCGUUCAGACGGUAAAAGGGGCGGUCCAGCACACUUCUUCAACUGAGGGCCUGUCUGAGGAGCAUGUGAAACUGAUUGUUCAGAACGCCCUGAAGCUUUACUCCCAAGACCGGACGGGUCAGGUGGACUACGCCCUGGAGUCUGGAGGUGGUAGCAUCCUCAGCACUCGCUGCUCUGAGACAUAUGAAACAAAGACGGCCCUCAUGAGUUUGUUUGGCCUGCCACUCUGGUACUUCUCCCAGUCUCCACGUGUUGUCAUCCAGCCCGAUGUGUAUCCUGGUAACUGUUGGGCAUUUAAAGGCUCUCAAGGUUAUCUGGUGAUCAGGCUGUCCCUGAGGAUCCUGCCCACAUCCUUCUGUUUGGAGCACAUUCCUAAGGCCCUCUCUCCAACAGGAAACAUCACCAGUGCUCCACGCAACUUCACUGUCUUUGGUCUGGAUGAUGAGUACCAAGAAGAAGGAACAUUGCUUGGACACUACACAUAUGAAGAGGAUGGCGAGUCUUUGCAGUUCUUCUCUGUUAAGGAGAAAAACGACAAGGCCUUCCAGAUCAUUGAGGUGCGGGUUCUGUCUAACUGGGGUCAUCCAGAAUACACAUGCUUAUACCGCUUCAGGGUCCACGGAGAGCCUCGUCCCGAAUGAAGCAACCACCACCAGACGCACUAAUAAAACAACAUUACGCUCUAUCUGUAUAUAACUCUCACCAGCUUCUUUCAAAACGGAGGGGACCACAUGGUGUGGAUAGUUUGGUAUGAAAGCCAUGAAGACAGAGAAGUUGUGGACUGUAAAAGCAAUGUGUGGAGAUGGAAUCAGAGAAGUAUGUUUAUAAAAUACUGAAAGAAUCACAGGGACGUUUUGUAUCUGGACUGUAAAGGAACGCAGAGAGAAAUGGAACCACAGAAGAAGCUAAAAGUCUUUUUUCAUUGCACUGAGUUGCUCAAGAGGGUAUCGAGACACCCCUGAGCAGAUAAAUCCAUCCCCACUUCUACAGGAAGGUGGACACUCUUAAAUAGGACGGCGAUUUCAGACUCAUCGCAGCCACCUGUUCAUUCUGCAUCUGAUUUGUUUUAGUUCUUUUAGCCUUUUUAACUUUCAUAUUAGAAUCUGCUAUUUUUAGGAACAAGACCACUUUGUCUUUGCCUGAGAUGCUGUCCAGGCACGUCACUCCCUUCGUUGCUGUGCUAACCUGAGAAGUCAACAUGCUAGGCUUGGCCUGAAUGCUUUGCCAUAGACUUUUGUUAAAGAACUGAACAUGCUGCCCGUGGAAAAGUUCUGAAUGCUUGAUCAAGUACGGACUCAACGCAACUUUCCUUUAAUCACACUGAAACCACUGACCUUAGCUUUAUGUGAUGCAAACUUUAGGAUGCUCCUUACUACAUUCAGUACAAGACAUCUGCCAACAUAUAGCUCCUCCUCCGAACGCACUAUAAAAUAUUACAUCCAUCAUGUACAGUGCCUUGCAAAAGCAUUGUUACAUUUUGUUACAAAUACAAACUCCACUGUGUUUUAUUGGAAUUUUAUGUGAUAGACCAACACCAAAGGAACCAGAUGUAUGGUUUUCACAUUUUUUAAAAUAAAAAUUCAAAGUGUUAUGUGCCUGUGUAUGCUAAACCUCUGAGUCAAUACUUGGUAGAACCACCUUUUACUGCAGUUACAGUUUGGAGUCCUUUGGGGAUAUUUCUGUACCAGCUUUCCUCAUUUAAAGGCUUAAUUCUUUGCACAAUAGCUCAUGCUCAGAUUUCAUGCAGAGUGUCUGUGAACAUCAAUGUUUACAUCUUGUGGCAGAUCAUCAGUUUGCUUAAGUCUGAUCUUUGACUGGACCAUUUUUACAAAUGAAUAUAAUUUGAUCUAAAUCAUCCUUUGGCUGUUAAGAGUUUUCCUGCUAAAAGGUGAACUUCUGUUUUUUUGACGGGUUUGAGCCGUCUUUAGCUUUAUCCUUCUACCCAUCACUUCUGAGCAUCUUUCCUGCCCCUGCUAAAGAACAGCCUCCCCCCAGUACGGACAGUACCAUGUUUUACUGUAGUGAUGGUGUGUUCAUGAUGACGUGUAGUGUUGGUUUUGUGCCACAUAGAAUUUUACAUGUAGGUGAAAAGGGCCAAAUUUGGUUUGUGUCCUCUACAUGGCUUGUUGCCGAUUUCUUAAGGAUUCAUUGUUUUUGCUGUCCAAUCUUCCAGAAAGUCCUAUCAACAGAUUCUGCCACAUGAGCUGUGGACCUCUGCAGCUCCCCCACAUUUAGCAUGGGCCUCUUGGCUGCUUCUCCUACUAAUGCUCUCCUCGUCAGUUUGGGUAAAUGGACACAUCUCAGUAGGCUGGCAGUUUUACCGUACUCUUUCUUGGAUGAUUGAACAGAGAUCGGUGAGAUGUUCAAAGCGUGGAAUAAUGUUCUAUUACCUAAUCCUAGUCUCUGCCCUGUCUACCGUGUUCCUUGGUCUUCAUGGUGAUGCUUGUUCACUAAUUUUCUCUAACAAAUCUUUUGAGACCUUCACAGAAAAGCUGGAUUAUUAAAUUAUGUCACGUUAUGUUACGGAGAGUCAUUGAACUCUAUGCAGGGCAUUUCUGGAAGAACAUUUUUUGGAGAAUACAAAAGACUUGUGACUGGGGUGGACUACAACAGUGGUGUCUAAAGUCAGUUUUCAAAGGCCCUACAUGUUUUUGAUAUUUUCCUGGCUCAACUCACCUGGAUCAAAUGCAUGGUUCAAAUGACAUGAGGUGAUUCAGGCAUUUGCUUCAGGGGUGUUGGAGCAGGGGCUCUUGUAAAACUUGCAGGGUGCCAGCCCUUGAGGACUGGAGUUCGACACCCAGGUUUAGAUCAAAGCAUGUUCAUGUGUUAGAUUGGCCCAUUCAAAGUUCAGAUCUAAAUCCAAAUGAGAAUCUGUGGCAAUACUUAAAACGUUUACAGGCACUCAAAUAUCCUAUUUGACGAAGCUUGGGCUGUUUUGUAAAGAAGGACCAGAAAUCUUUGUGUGUAGAUGUGCAAAGCUGCUAGAUGCAUAGCCAGUAACUUUUUUGCUGUAAUCACAAGAAAAGGUGUUCUACAAAGUUGUUUGAAUACAAAUGCUCGCCACACUUCCAUGAUUUUAUUUGGAAAGCAUUUAGAAAGCCAUGGAUCGUUUUCCUUCCACUUCACGAUUAUGCACCGCUUUCUGUUGAUCUUAUGAACAAAAGGUUGAACGGGAUUUUUAAAGGGAGUUUAUCACAAUAGAUUUAAUUUAGAGGUAUCAAAGUAAAAGAGUUAUUACAAAAGUACACCACAAUUCAUAUUUUCACUUCACAAUCACGCACUACUUGGUGUUUGGUAAACAUAAAAAUCCAUUCAACUCAUUGAGUUUGUGGUUGAAACGCAACAAAAUGUUGAAGAGUUGAAGGUGCAUGAAUCUUCUUGUGCGGCACUCUAUAUGAAAGUGUUUAAGUCCAGUGCCUGGAGCUCAGAUCUUAACCAGAGCUUGGAGCUAAAAGAGUUUGGUUUUGUCUUUCUCUCUCUCCCUUUACCUAAAUGUCUCUGUUCACACGGGCUCUUUAAACACUAAAAUCCCGAAGGAAUGUAAUUUGUAUAUUUCAGUGUUUAUGGUUGGUCCUUUACAAUAUCUACUUUUAUCAGUGUUGAUUUAUGAAAAGAGAAAUCCUGUCAUUAUUAUGAUUGUUACUAUUAUUUCUACAGUUGCUCAUUGUGUUUGCUUUCUUUUUGUUUUAAUUUGGGGGAUUAUUCAAAACGGUAUGCACUGCAACAACUUGUAAGACAAAAGUUUAUGGCACAGGUAUUUUUGUUCAAAAUGGGGCUAUGUAAAGACUUCUGGUUGGGUAGGUUAAAAAUGCUAUUUGUAAAAACGUUUUGCUCACAAUCUUAUUUAUUAAGAAGUUAUUAGUGGCUGCAAAUUAUGGGGUUUGGCCGUGUAUAUUUUGUUAAAGGUUGUUCAGUGCAUUUUGGAAAUCUUUUUUUAAGAUAAAUGGUUAUUUUUGUUCAGUCAUGAGAUGACUUAACUGCUUUGGAAUAUAUUCCAAUAAAGACUUUAAUUUUGA